AUGAAGACACGGUUGAGCCAGAAUAAUGACUUGGAAGCCGGAGCGACCCCUUUACUCUACCCUUCGAUGACGGGGAGGCCGGAGUUCCAAUGGGCCUUCAUCCGCAAAGUCUAUGCCAUCCUCACCUUUCAGAUACUCCUCACCAUCCCCAUCGUCGCCACCGUCUACUUUAAUCCUGCAAUCGCCGUAUUCCUUAUCGAAACUUGGCUCGGAUGGUUUCUGAAACAAACGAUCAUCAUCACCUCCCUUGCUGUGCUCGUCGCCAUGGUGUUUUGUAGCAAACAUCACCAGCUAAAUUACGUGCUCCUUGGGGCUUUCACUAUAUGUGAGGCCCUCAUGGUCGGAGUAAGUUGUGCAUUUACCAGCGGUACUGUGGGUUUGGAGGCUGUGAUUCUAACUGCUGUGAUUUUUCUAAGUCUGACCUUGUACACCUUUUGCGCCGCAAGGAGAGGCCAUGACUUCAACUUCUUGGGUCCUUUCUUGUUUGCAUCCCUGCUGGCUCUGCUUGUCUUUGGAGUGAUACAGAUUUUCCUCCCUCUUGGUAAGACUAGUCAUAUGAUAUACGGGAUUGUGGGAAUACUCAUAUUCUGUGGCUAUAUUGUCCAUGACACAGAUGAAUUGAUCAAGCACUACGAGUACGAUGAGUACAUUUUGGCGGCCAUCGACUUGUAUUUGGACCUCCUCAACUUGUUUCUCAGGUUUCUCGAGUUGAUGAAAGAUGCUGAGAGCUCAGACGAUGCUUAA